AUGGCUGCCCCAGUUGAUAAGUCCCAGGAGGACCAAAUCAAAGAUCUGUUGGAGGAAAUCGAUCUCCACAAAUUCAUCCGCGAUGACACCCUCACAACCAUGGGCGAGUGCGAGCAGUUGAGGGAGAUUAGGGAGACACUCAGGGCCAAGGAAGUUCAGCUGGCAGAGCUCUUGGGUGAUCCCAUUCCCCCUCCCGAAGCUGCCAUAACUCCGCCUGUAGCAACUCCCAUUCCACAAGCAUCAGCUCAUACUCAUACUCCUGCGCCUGCGCCUGCGCCUCCGCCUUUGCCUUCGAGUGGAUUUGCCGGGUUCGCUACAGGGCCCCAUUGGUCUUCCGCGGGACCUUCGCCCUUUGCCACUGCAUCUCGGAGCCCGGCGGUUAUGCAAAGCUCGCCGGCUCUGUCUUCUCUGGAUGAAUACCGGAAGCGCCCGCGUCCCACAUCUGGGUCUUCGCCCCCGGUCCAAAGUCCAGCGAAGCGAAGUGCUGCCUCGCAGCCUGUCUCUCGUCGGUCCAAACUCGGCGAGAUAGACGCACGGCAGCAACGAGAGAUCGACGAACACCAAGAGCAAUAUGGGAACUUGAUCAGCAUGGCACUCAACGAUGAAGAAAUUCAAGAUCUCGUGGAAGAGCGUGACAGCAUAGAGAAGGAUAUCAUAUCGGCAUUCCAACUUGAGAGGGACGCGGAGCUAGCUCGUGCACUUCAAUGCGAAGAGGAUAGUGUGCCGCUUCCGAACAACCUCACACACCAGCCUUCUUGGAAUAUGCCUCACCGUACCCAGCCGAUUAAACCAGAGCCCGGUUUUAAUGGGUUCGGGGGCCCUUCGCAAUACACUCCCUUCUUACCGUCGAGCCGGUUGAACCAGUAUGACCAGAGCUCCGAUGAUGGGUUUGAAGAAAUCACAGCUGAUUCGUUCAAUUCUCGGAUGGGCAACUCUCGGAUGGGCAAACAGCCAGCCCUGGGCAAUCCUUACCUGCCAUCCUCCUCCUCCUCCUCAUAUGCAUCACCAUUUUACAUCACCGACCCAUCCGAUAUUCCCAAUUACACUACUUCGACCGCUAGGAAUCUUCCCUGGUCAAAGCCGUCAUAUAAUGGUGAUGGGCCAGGGUCUAUGUACUGGUCAGGCACGCCAGGCUCCAUGCCAGGGACUUUCCCUGGCAUGUAUGACCCAUAUGGCAAGGCUGGCAAAUAUGACCCAUAUGACAACUUUGAUAAGACUUUUGACCUGGUCCGCGAACAGCAAGAAAUGUUUGAUGACGAUGUUGACAUCGCGGCCUACAAUGAAAGAGAAUUUCCUGACGAUAUCAAAAACUUGCUUGGUGGCAUCAAGGAUAUCCGCGAGGCGACCAAAGCAGACAACGAGGAGACACCUCCUGCUCUGCGUGUGACUUUGAUGAAGCAUCAGAAGGUUGGCUUUAAGUGGAUGAAAGCCAAGGAAGAAAGUAGCCACAAGGGCGGCAUUCUUGCAGACGACAUGGGUCUUGGAAAAACUGUUCAGGCGAUCGCGCUCAUGGUCGCCCGUCCGUUUGAAGAUGAAAACCGACGUCCAAAUCUGAUCGUCGCGCCCAAGGCUCUCAUGGAGCAGUGGAAGCUGGAGAUUGAGCGCCAUGUGAAAACUGGCGUCCACCAAUUGGCGGUUCUGAUCUAUCACUCCAAACGAAGGCCCUGGAGAGAGCUGAAAAAGUACGAUGUCGUCAUUACAACCUAUGGCACUCUCAUGGCGCACUACAAGACGUUGCUUGAGGGGGAGAAUAUGGAGAAGGAGGGUCGCGAUGCUAGUCUGGUGAGCGAAGUGAAAGCCAGGGCGGGUCCUCUCAGCCCUGGGGCUCAGUGGCAUCGUGUCAUCAUCGACGAAGCACAGAAUAUCAAAAACCCAGCUGCCAAGUCUGCCAUUGCAUGCUGCCACUUGAAUUCAACCUACCGUUGGUGUUUGACCGGUACCCCCAUGAUGAACCGUCUCGAAGAUUUCCAGUCUCUGCUAGGAUUCUUGCGCAUUAAACCAUACAACAACCCGAAAAAGUUCAAACAGGAUUUUGUGAGCCGUAUCAAAUCAGGCUGGGGUGGAGAAGACGUGAUGAAGCAACUCCGUGUACUCGUCAAGUCUGUCUGCCUCCGACGAACCAAGGCCUCUAAAAUUGAUGGCGAGCCUAUUCUGCAACUUCCACCGAAGGUCACUGAAAAGGUGCACGUUCUGUUUGAUGAGAAGGAAUCGCAAGUCUACGGCCAGCUUGACACAAACACACAGAGGCAGAUCAACCGAUUACUAGAUGCUGGAACACUGGGUAGAAACUACAGUCAUGUCCUGGUGCUCCUUCUCCGUCUUCGGCAAGCAUGCUGCCAUCCCCUCCUCAUGAAGGAGUUCCGGUCCGAUGCUGCCGCAUCUGCCGCAACAUCCGCUCCUGGAGUUGACAAGAUCGCCAACGCUAAACUCCUGACCGCUGUUGUGGUGCAACGUAUCAUGUCAAACGAUGAUGAAGAGAGUGGGACAUGCCCUGUCUGUAUGGACAGUGUGGAGAAUGCAACCAUCUACAUUCCCUGUGGACAUCAUGUAUGCUCAGAAUGUUGGAUUCGUAUCUCUGACUCGGCGGGUGCAAAUGUUGUCAACCUCGACGAUGAUACUGUCAUCAAGUGCCAGAAUUGCCGAGGCCCCGUGGACCCCAAGAAGCUCACGGAUACCGUCUCAUUCAAAAAGGUCCACGACCCAACUUCAGUUCCUGAGCCCGAAACCACCGAAGAAGUCGCAGCCGACGCCGAAGACAGUGAGGCCACCGCAAGUAGCACUGAGUCGUCAGAUUCAGACAGCGACACUGAAGGGGGCGAAUCAAGCAGCAAGAAGAAAUCCCUUGCCGAACUGCGCACUGCCUCACUCAAGAACAAGGCGGAGAAAAAGAAGUACCUUCGUCGUUUGGAAAAGACGUGGUUCCCCAGCUCAAAGAUCACCAAAACUCUUGAAAUUCUCCAAGCCAAUGAAGACCGUGGCCAGGGUGAGAAAACCAUCAUCUUCAGUCAAUUCACCUCCCUCCUCGAUCUCCUCCAGGUUCCUCUCGACCGCAACGGCUGGAAUUCCACUCGCUUCGACGGCAGCAUGAACCUGAAGGAACGCAAUGAUGCCGUGACGACAUUCACCAACGAUCCCAAUUGCAAGAUCAUGCUUGUCUCUUUGAAAGCAGGAAACUCAGGACUGAAUCUUGUCGCUGCUUCUCAUAUCAUUAUGUUCGAUCCAUUCUGGAACCCUUACAUCGAGGACCAGGCUGUUGAUCGUGCUCAUCGUAUUGGGCAGGUUAGAGAGGUCUUCGUUCAUCGCUUGCUGAUUGAGGGUACCGUCGAGGAUCGCAUCGUUACGCUCCAGGAUCAGAAACGCGAAUUGAUCAGUGGUGCUCUCGAUGAGGGUGGUACUAUGAAUGUCUCUCGUCUGGACACACGGGAAUUGGCUUACCUCUUUGGUGUUCGUGACUUGUGA